UACAAAUGUCAAGAUUGUCUUGGGGAGCCACUCUAUUGCACUGGCUGUUGCAGAAGUCAACAUCUUUGCAAUCCCUUCCAUUGGAUCAGUCAAUGGAAUGGUCAAUUCUUUGAGCAAAGUUGUCUCGCUCACGUCGGACUCGUCAUACACCUCGGUCAUGAGGGCAAACAAUGUCCGGUACUUACGGAUAGGUGGGACUUGUUCGAAGAAGACGAACCGGAAGACCAGCUUGAGCCUGAAGAUCUACCAUCUGUGUCGGGACCCGAGUUCCAGCCGAAGGAAAACACCAUGGUCAUCAUUGACAAGUCCGGAGUUCAUCGCCUCCGGGUUCGAUGCUGCGAUUGUCCAAAUGCCAUGAGUCCAGACCUUCAAAUGUUUCGACAUGGAUUUUUCCCCGCUUCAUUUAACAAGCCGAAGACUUUAUUCACCUUCAGGGUUCUCGAUGAUUUUCUAUGGACAACCUUGAAUGUGGGACCUCGGCGAUGA